CUAAAUGAAAAAGGUACCAUACAUUGCCACCACUACUGAUUGUUGGACGGCCAGGAGAAGGAGCUUUAUAGGUGUAACAGCCCACUGGCUCGAUCCUUGCAGUUUUGAACGCCGUUCAGCUGCCCUUGCUUGCCGUCAACUAAGGGGCUCCCACACAUUCGAUGCCUUGGCAGCUGUUUUGACCGACAUUCAUGCAGAGUAUGAGAUAAGUCAUAAGGUUGUUAGAACUACAACAGACAACAGGUCGAAUUUCGUGAAAGCGUUCCGUGUCUUUGGUCAGCAGGACGAAAAUAACAAUGAAGAGUUUGUUGCAGAAGGCACAAUUGAAGAAGAAGUAGGAGAAUAUUGUGAUGCAUCUGAUGGUGAAGAGGAGGUGGAAUUCAUGGAUGUGGAAGCCAUUCUGGAGGAAGAUGAUGGGCUUCAGUAUCAGCUGCCGAAACAUCAUCGGUGUGCAUGCCACUUACUAAAUUUAGUUUCCACAGUCGAUGUUGAUCGGGCUAAUAAGACAGAAGCUUACAAGAAAUUGUCCAGAUCAGCCUUUUCUAAGUGUCAGGCACUCUGGAAUAAAGCAUCAAGGUCUCCUCAAAAUGCAGAACUUUUAGAGGAACACUGUAAGCUUCACUUGGUACAGCUUAAUUCAACUCGAUGGAACUCUUCUUUCAUGGCCAUGGAACGUGUGGUCAGAAUCAUUAGAGACCAAGGAGAGGGAUCUGUGAGAACGGUCUGUGCUGCACUCAAUGUUCCAAUGUACAGCCCGGCUGACAUAGCCUUUUUAGGGGAAUAUGUCACCGUCAUGAGUCCGGUUGCAAAGUCCUUAAACAUACUACAAGGAGAAGUCAACGUUCAGAUAGGCUGGCUGCUCCCGACAAUCACCACCCUCACAACCAAGCUGGAAAAGUCUAGACCGUCACUCAGAUUUUGCAAGCCACUUGUUGAUGCUCUUCUUGAAGGUUUGAGGAAGCGGUUUGAGAGCAUGAUGUUGGAGCCAGAGCUAAUUGCAGCAGCCAUUCUCGUUCCAAGGUUCAAAACCUCCUGGACCAGCAAUGACACAGUCCUACAGCUUGGCCUUAGUUACAUCAAGGAACAUCGGCCAGAACACGAUGAAGGUCUUCGGUCUCCUGAUACCACAUCAACCUCUUCUGAUGAAGAUGACUUCUUUUCCAAUGUCAAGCAGACACAUUCCCAUGAGCUAAAUCACACCAGCAGCUCUCGGCACAGACAUCCCCUCCCCCCUCUCCAGCAUCCUGCCCUACCCCUCCCCCUCCUCUGUGCGGAGGAACAAGGGCAAUGUCUUAUGUGCCGCCGUGCAUUUGAUCAAUACAUUCCCAGCUAA